ACACCUGCAUUACUUUUUUUUUCUUUAAUAAACUUUUAUGGGAAGUCGUUCAUUAUUUUAAGCUACACCCGGAAACUAAUCAUAGAAGUAGCAUGGAAUGCAGCAACCAGUAAGACAGAAGAAAUGAAAUAAAAAUAGAAAAUUGUUGCAGACCGAAACACAUACCAGUGGAUCAAAGCAAACCCUUCUCUAAGAAUUCAAAUUAUUCACUCAUAAACAGGGGAGUGCUCCUCUUGUAAAAGCAAAGCCUUUUUUGCUACAAUUUCAUCGACAUUCAAAGAUGUUUCAAGUAAGCAAAGCAAGUGAGAAAAACAAAAGGGAAUCACCAUUUGCUACAGACAAAGAAAACCCAUUUGAAGAUAACUUCCCUGAUUCACUCUGUAAGCUCAAUCUCAAGGAGACCUCAGAUUAUGUGAGGUCAUUCCCAAUGAGCAGCAGCAGCAGCAGCAAUGACAGCUCCUCAUCUGAGAGUAGAAAGAGCUCAGUGCAGAGAAGGAUUGAAACCCCCUCAACCCCUGGGAGGCCAAUCUUCAACUUCAGCAUUAGAAGUCACUCAAAAAAGAGCAUUCCUUCAAAAUGGGAAAAUGCGGAGAAAUGGCUUAUGAGCAGUUCUUGCCAUGAAUCUCCUGCCCAUGUGAAGAAAUCCUCAGACACAUCAAAGUUCUCAAGACAAAACAGUGGAUUCCACCAGAAAGAUGAGAACUUUGAAGAGAAAAUGAGGGUUAAUGUGAUGUCUCAAAAGACCUCAGCUCUCUGUGGAGACCCAUCGGAAGUAUUUCUUAAAGAUAAAUUUACAGACAACUUGGAACCCACAAAAGAAGGAUUUUUGUUCAGCAACUCAAUGUGUGAGCCAGUGAAAAAUGCUGACACAGGAGGAGCUACUGAGGUUCAUCAUAGAGAUAUUGGCACUGAAAUGACUCCUCUUAAUAGCUCAACAACUACAAGAUUCAAUACUCCAAUCAAGAGCUUGUCUCCAGCAAGGCAUAAUACUCCAGCUAAUAGGUCUGGACCUCUAAUGGCUUCUGGAAAUUGCAUUGACAUCUCUGAGCUCAAGGAUUGCCAUUUUGCGAAGCUCGAUCUCGGGGCUCAGUUUGAUUCAGUACCUUCAAAAUGGAGCUCAAGAGAAGAGGAGGAAGAGGAGAUAUCAAAGAGUUUGAGGCAUUUUGAAAUGGAUGGAGGGAGGAAGAGCAUUGAAGAAGCUAGAGAUUUUGUGUGGGAAGAUGAGGAGAGGACUAAGAGUUGCAUAAGAUAUCAAAGAGAAGAAGCAAGGAUUCAAGCUUGGAUGAAGCUUCAGAAAGCAAAAGCGGAAGCACAAUCUAGGAAGCUUGAGGUAAAGAUACAAAAGAUGAGAUCAGAUUUAGAGGAAAAGCUGAUGAAAAGAAUGGCAGUUGUGAACAGAAGAGCAGAGGAGUGGAGGGCAUCAGCACAACUGCAGCAUUCUCAGCAGAUAAUAAAAGCAUGUGAACAAGCUCAGAAGAUGAGAAGCCAGAGAAAAUCUCAUUUCAAUAACAGUAGAUCUUGUGGUUGUUUCCCUUGCAAUAGCCAGCUCUAAAAUACAAGGGAGAAAAGGCCAACAGCUUAGGACAAGGAUUGC